UUCCCGCAUUGGGUUUCAUUUGGCUGACACUGCCGUUCGCCUGGAUCCUCUGCCAACGCAGCACCGUUGACGUCUUUUACUUAUAUACCAGACUUCCUCCCCCGGAGGAGUUUCCAUUGGGAACACCUCUCUUCUCUCGCCGUGUCACCAUUCAUCCAUGUAUCUCGUUCAGACCCACGAUCAGAGUGCCUCGUCGGGCCUGGGACCUUCCUACCAGCCAAUUGUACUUCGAUCCUAAUCUGUGAAAAUGAUGGUUCCUAGGGCCUUCCUCUUCAGCUCCGUGCCUCCCCUGCAUCAUGGGAAGAAACAUCAAAUCUCCAAGUCAGAGAUGGACUUUGUUGCCGUGCCGGAUGUCGCGGGCCUGGAGCUGCACGACAAGGAGAGCACACACACCACCAGCCCCGUCAUCAUCCCUCCCAAACGUGGUCUUCGAUUGACCCCGGUACAGAGAGAAUCUGUGAGCAAGAACCCAAAGUCUCAGCGACGUGCAAAGACUGCCCACAGAACUCUAUCGGCAGCCUCGGGGGACCGUCCUGUACCCACCUCCAUUGCUUCGAUUCUGGAAGCCACCGCAAUCCCCGUACCUCGACGCAAGCGUGCAACUCGGGAGUCUCGGAGGAUACCACCAGGAAAUCAUGUACAGGAUUUUAGCAAGUUGUUAAUGGAGGGUGUCAAGGCCAGGGAUGAUAGCUUAAUGGAGAGUACCGGCAAUACCAUGCUCGACAUACUAUUGGGCCCGCCGGAAGACAAUGAUCGAUUUGCAAGUGGAAGCGACUACGAUAGCGAAGCACCGUCGCUAUCCAGUCAUUCGUUGUCUAUUGAGUCGAUGCCGUCGUUAGACGCGGACCUAGAGUCGCCGUCUGGCUCUCCGAUGCCCCAUACACCUUCUAGUCAGCGAACUCCAUACGAGAGACGAUAUCUACACCUAUCGCAGUAUGAGGAUUGCGCCUUCGACCAUCCAUUAUUAGAGGGUGAAUUAUCAGACACAGAACGGGAGCCGGUCCAGCAGUGUACAUUCCUAGACUGCACCCCAGCGAAAUCUUCACCGGCUCGAUCGUUCCCACGGCUAGGGUCCACUUUCAAGUCCAAUCUAACAGCUUCGCUACGAGCAAUCAAAUCCGCGGCACAGACGGUUUCUACAUUCGCUAACCCGUCAGUGCAGCCCGAUGACUUUCUUACACGGUCCCUUUUCACGAUUACGCCGAAGAUGACGGACGACCGUCGGCCUCCGCCCAUGCACGAGCCACCGUCUCCGGCGCUGCGACGCUACUUUAACCCCGUCACGGUUUCACCGGCGGAAAUUUAUGCUUAUCAGGAACACCCGCACGAAUCUCUCGACACGAGCAACUGCCCCGUCUCCGUUCAGAUGCAGACCUAUCACCGGUCGGGAAAACGUGGUUCCCGUAGGAGUGGGUUCCAUCUGUCGGGAUCUGGGGGUCGCGGUCGACUCUUUUCCUCUUUUGAUCCGGAAGUCCCACCAAUGUCACGCCAGCGAGAACCCCGGGAAAAUAGUGAUUUCCUGCGCAUGGUGGUUUUAGAAAUGAACAUGCGGCGCAGCGGCAAACUCCGGGAUGACCUCCCUACGCGGGCGCGCAUCUGGCUCCCGCCUCGUAAAGGCAGCCAAACCCGAUUCAGUCCCUACGAUUAUUACGAAGACGAAGACGAAGAAGAACAUGCCAUUCCAUUUAGAUGGGUUGGGAUCUCGGCCAACUGCAUGUGAUCCCUACCCCUUAUUCUCAAUUUCACAUAUAUGAGACGGUGAAAUGUUACAUCCAUGAGCUCAAUGCCUGGUUCGAUGAUGAACUUUGCUGCGCCUUUAUUUUAUUUCUCUCUUUUUAUUUUUCCCUCUCUUUACCUCUCCCUUUUUUUUUCCCAUAUUACUUCUCUUGGCCAUUGACUAUUGUACAUAUUGGGAGACCUACACUUGCAUUUUUGGGCACUAGAGGCCAAAGCGAACGGCGUUCACGGAACUCUUGGAUGGCAGAGAGAAACAGAGUUUAACUGGCUUACAAACCUUGCUUACUUCAUUAUUCUACCUGUCAUGUAUCAUACAUACCGUACAUCUCACGUCACAUGGCUGGUUAAGGUAUCCCAUGUCAGAUCGAAUCACUUGAUCUCAACCUUAUCACGCGACAGAGUAAACCAAACCAAAGAUAAGGGGAAAACAAU